AACCUCUUGCACAAUUCUAUGUGCAUCCCGUCAUUCGUGUCAUCUUCGGACACUCCGCAGCAGUAUCAUCAUGACCUUCUCCUCGACGUCUGGCUCCUUGAUCUUCGUUGCACGUCGACGUCACGUGUGCCUUUCACGACGACUUGUUACGUCGCAGGAAAGAACAGGAGUUACUGUCGUCUUGUUCUUCCAACUCGCCGCGAUACCGGUGUUGUAGCGGCGACGAGGGGCCUGACGAUGCCAGGCAAGGCAACAAUCGUUCAAGACGCCUGAGACCUUUUCCUCCUGCGUGUUACUCUUGGAACAGGUUCUAGAUAAGGGUUUUAUACCCUCAUCGCAAAAAAAAACGUAGCAAUGAUAAGCUGAGGCAAUAAUCAGCUGGUUUUCUCAGCCCGACAUCGUGCUCUACAAGUCCGACGUCCAAGUUUACGCUCCUGGUACCUUCCUACGUCCUUGAAUCACUGCGUUCUCUUGCUGUUGUCCGACUCACGAUCAUUUCGACCUCAUCUCUCGCUACGUCUCCUACGCCCUAAGAUUACCUCACCCAUGUCUAUGAGUAAUAAUUCCGACAACGUUUUCUCUACAUACCCAAUGCGCCUUCCGAGUUACAGAACUUCUCAUCUAGGAAGAUUCCACCCGUAUGGUAGAAAGGCAGCACGUACGCGUCAUCAGGAAGUGGAAGCGGACUUCAUGAGGACCAUCGACAGCACAUUCGAUGUUGCUAUACCUCAAAGGCCAAGUCUCACUUUGUCGGUCAUCACCGAGGAGAGCGUCAGCGAAAUGUUGGAGUCAGGUUACUCUGCGCACGAUGCUACACCUUUCUCGAGAGUGGAAGAACUUGUCGUUGCAAGUAAUCAAGCUCAAGCCGAGAAAACUGCAGGUCUCAUGGAACUGAUCGUUGACUUUGCCCAUGCUAUGAUUCGUCGCCUCCGUCUCAGCAAGGGCUCAUAAAUAAUUCUUCACACUCAACACUUACGAAGGAUGCUUCCGGAUGAAUAAUUGUAUAAUAGACUAUAUUUACCAGGAUGACCGGCUCGUUUCUCGGCGGAGAACUGCGUUCUCGGUUAUGCUACCCUAAGUAACUAAUCUGAAUUGUACCAUACGGAUUUCUUGGUUGAAUACAACGCUCAAGCAUACGAU